GCAUAUGUUGCCCCGGAGCGGGGGAGGGGCUGGAGCUGCUCUGCCGCAGCACACACACUUCCGUAUUGCCUGUCACCGUAAAGCAGGAAGCAGUGUGGUAACGUGUGGGAAUUAAUCUGUGCUGUUGCUGCUGCAUAUCUACAGAGUCGCCGCUCCGAUGCCAGGUGAGAGGAAGCAGCAGGAGAAGCUACAUGGAGGCUAACUAACCCAGAAUACAGAGGAACUGCGGUACACAAGCAGCACAAUGCCAGCCGGGGUUUGUGGCUGCUGUGGGCCACUGAGGCCAAGGUACAAACGCCUGGUGGACAACAUCUUUCCUGAGGAUCCCAAAGAUGGCCUCAGCAAAUCCGACAUGGAGAAGCUGACCUUCUACGCCGUGUCAGCUCCGGAGAAGCUGGACAGGAUCGGAGCUUACCUGGCCGAGAGACUGAGCAGAGAUGUGGUGCGGCAUCGCUCUGGGUAUGUGGUCAUAGCCAUGGAGGCUCUGGACCAGCUGCUGAUGGCCUGUCACUCUCAGAGCAUCAAACCCUUCGUGGAGAGCUUCCUGCACAUGGUGGCCAAGCUGCUGGAGUCCAGAGAACCAGACCUGCAGGUCCUGGGGACCAACUCGUUUGUGAAAUUUGCCAACAUUGAGGAGGACACGCCGUCCUACCAUCGCCGCUAUGACUUUUUUGUGUCCCAGUUCAGCGCCAUGUGCCACUCUACUCAUGAGGAUCCAGAGACCAGAAAAAGGAUCCGUGUGGCGGGGAUUAAAGGCCUGCAGGGCGUGGUGAGGAAGACGGUGAACGACGAGCUGCAGGCCAUCAUCUGGGAGCCUCAGCACAUGGACAAACUGAUCCCAUCCAUGCUGUUCAACAUGCAGGACAGUGAAGACCUGGACAGGGUGGGGCACCCCAGCACACCAUCAGGGGUGGGUCAGGACGGGGAGGAGAACCCAGCAGCGCUGGCUGAGAGCUGCUUCAGAGAGCUGCUGGGCAGAGCAGCCUACGGCAACAUGAACAACGCUGUCCGGCCCAUCUUAGUUCACCUGGAUAAUCAUCACUUGUGGGACCCAAAUGAGUUUGCAGUUUCCUGCUUCAGAAUCAUCAUGUACUCCAUCCAGGCCCAGCACUCCCACCAUGUCAUCCAGCAGGUUCUCAACCACCUGGACACUAACAACAAGAACACGCCACGGGUCAGAGCCGGCAUCGUCCAGGUCCUUCUGGAGACGGUGGCCAUCGCCGCCAAAGGAUCAGUGGGUCCAACCGUGCUGGAGGUGUUCAACACUCUGCUCAAACACCUGAGGAUGAGUGUGGACUUUGAGCUUGGCGAGAGCUCGAGGAGAAACUCCAGCGCCAGUGUUUCAUCCGGCCGCGGCAAGGAGAGCGAAGAGCGGAUUGUCCAGAAUGCCAUCAUUCAGACCAUCGGCUUCUUCGGUGGAAACCUGCCAGACUACCAGCGAGCUGAAGUCAUGAUGUUCAUCAUGGGCAAGGUGCCAGUGUACGGUACCCCGUGCCACACCUUGGACACCGCCAAGAUUGGGCACAAGGGCACCAAGAGGAUCCAGACCAUGUUGCUGAGCUCCCUCAUCAUGGUAACCUCAGGCUUCAAGUCCAAGUCCAUGGCAGCUGCGUUGCCUCCUCCCUUCCUGGACCCGCUCUUCUCCGUCUCCCUGAUGGAGGACAGUGAGCUGAGGCAACUGGUGCUCGAAAUCCUGCACAACAUCAUUGAUCGCCAUGACAACCGCGCCAAACUACGUGGAAUCAGAAUCAUUCCUAACGUUGCAGCCCUGAAGAUAAAAAGAGAGAAGAUUUCCAAGCAGGAUGUCGCCUUCAUGAAGAAGCACGGCCAGCAGCUCUACCGCCACAUCUACCUGGGCUGUAAAGAAGAGGAUAACGUCCACAAGAACUUUGAGCUGCUCUUCACCACCCUGGCCAUUCUGACUAUUGAGCUGGCCAACGAGGAAGUGGUCAUCGACCUCAUCCGGCUCGCCAUCGCUAUUCAGGAGAUGGCCCUGACUAAUGAGGAGAACAUGCCCAUGUUUAAUCGCUGUGGCAUCAUGGCGCUGGUGGCGGCGUACCUCAACUUCCUGAGCCAGAUGAUCGCCAACCUUCCAUUCUGUCAGCAUGUCAGCAAGGUUAUUGAGCUGAGGAACAUGGAUGCUCCGUAUCUGCUCCCAGAGCACAUCUUCAGAGACAAGUGUCCACUCCCUGACUCUCUGGACAAGGAGGACAGGCAGCUGUACUUCCAGACAUCCGACAUGGCGGAGUGUCUGGCAGGGCCGGGAUACAACGCGGAGAGGCUCUCCAUCCCCUACAUCCCGCAGGUCACAGAUGAAGACCGUCUGACCAGGAGGAAGAGUUUCGUGGACACCAUCUCCCUCCAAGUGGACAUCAUGUCCAACAGCCUUCCAGACAAGUCUCAGCUGGCCGAGGAGAUCACAUUUGAGACCCUGAAGAAGGCCAUCGAUACCACUGGUCUGGAGGAGCAGGAGCGGGAGAAGAGGCGUCAGGUGAUGGAGAAGUUCCAGAAAGCUCCGUUCGAGGAGAUUGCUGCCCACUGCGAGUCCAAGGCCAACAUGCUGCAUGACCGGCUGGCGCAAAUCUUUGAGCUUACAAUUCGGCCUCCACCCAGUCCGUCCGGAGUGGUCUCCCUGUCAGCGGGGCACACACAGCACCAGUCCGUCCCCGUCUACGAGAUGAAGUUUCCAGACCUGUGUGUCUACUGAACAUUACACACAACACAGUCGAAACACAAAAUGCUGAAAAUGAGGACGCGAUCACAAUCAGUACUCUGCAUUUCCUCUGUUCACAACAACGACGCUACCAGGAAGAUGAAAUGCAGCAAAGCAGGCGGAGAGCGGAGCUACCUGUUUGUCUCCUGUGAAAACCCAGAGGCCACACAGUUUAUUUCCACUUAGUUUGAGCCUCAGAAGUGGAAACUUUACAUUUAAAUCCAAACCACCUCCACGAGCCCGUCUCUCCUGCUCCUGUUUUCAAUGCUUUGAUCCUCAAUUCAUCUUAAACCAGACCAGCAUUAACCCCACCAGCUCUAAACCACCCGCUUUGCUGCACUUUACUUUCUGACUUGUUUCUGAAACUAAACACAACUCGAGUCAUGAAGAACAAAACAUCUCCUCUGAGGUCUGAGUGUGCCUCUAAUCCAGUCGGUCACAUCUGGUCCAGCCAAAGCUUUGCACCAUGUACAUACAUUUAAACUGUUGUGGGAGCAGCUACAGUGGGUCCUGCCUCCCCACUACCCUGUCAGCGCAGUCACUCAUCAGUAGGUAUGUACAGUAAAUUAGAGAAGCUGACACAUCCUCACGAUGUUUAGGGCUCACUGCUGCACGACUUCUCCAGCCUGCUCAGUCUGCACAUCAGCAGCGACCUCAGCAGCCAGUUGGGUUCACAGGGAGAGGAAGCGAAGGCAAUACUUAGAUUUUAACGUUAUGACCUGCUUGGCCAAGAGCCUGAAGAGACGAGCCAAAAGACAAAACUCAUCGCUGGUGAUUGAUUCAAAUGUUGUAGAGCUCAGCAGCAUCUGUCAUGGAGUAACCUCAGCGCAGGUCAGGGACACUGGCUUGGACCAUGAUUGUUGAAUUUCAAGUUGAAGGUGACGUUAGAGAAGCAGGAUGAUUUGACAGGAGCCACACAUUGAUGUAAACAUGCUGGGUGUAUUCAUGCUGUGCUGUUUCAAGUGACCAUAAAGUCACGGUUCUAGAAAUCAGCAGGACGCAGAAUCCUUCACGCCAGCUGUGAUCUGUAAUAAGAGACGGCUGCCAGUAGUUCCUCUGAUCUGAGUUCAGUGUAGGAAGAGAAAUCCCUCCAGCUGAAGGCAGACACAGGUCUCAGGUCAGUUACAGUUUCCCGUCUGUUUUGUUUGCAUGUUUCUUCAAAACAUUAAAACUAUGAGGUUGUUGUCGGGGUUCACCGGCUCUUGUGUCGGACAGUCAGGUGGUAAUGGACAAAUAAAAUGCACAACCAAAUGAAAGAGAUGAGGAAGUGUGAUGGCUGUGUUCUACAUGGUGGUGUGUGUUUCAGGUGAUCUCGUAUGUUGAACGCUGUUGAGCGCAGGUUGUGUUCCUGAACAAGGAAGGACAAGGAAAAACAAGGAAGGCUGGCUGAGCGUUUGAAAUCCCCAACAUGAGCCUGAUCAGUUAGAACUCGUCUCCUCAGCAGACAGUUGGCCAAGCAGCUUGUGACUCCAUUUCCACCUGGUUUCUGUAUCUGGGUAUCAGUAAGAAUACACGUUGAUGCACUGGGAGCUGGACGCAGAGACCACAUGUCAGCCAGGGGGAAAUGAC